GACUAAACUAUACACUUUCCAAACCUGAAGGACUUUUUAAAUUCACUAACUUGCCACUCGCUAUAAUAAUAUCUUUCAAAGCCCUUAAAAUAUCCAAAAAACACUGAAGGAGAAAACAGAGCGACUAGGGUUUCUCUCUACAAAGUUCUACAGAUAUAAUUAGUCAAAGAAACAAUGUCUCGGGUUUAUGUCGGUAACUUGGACCCAAGAGUCUCUGAGCGUGAACUUGAAGAUGAGUUUCGACGAUUCGGUGUUAUAAGAAGUGUGUGGGUUGCAAGGAGGCCGCCAGGUUAUGCUUUUAUUGAUUUCGAUGAUAAAAGGGAUGCUCAGGAUGCUAUUCAUGAGUUGGAUGGAAAAAAUGGCUGGAGAGUUGAGCUUUCUCACAACUCCAGAGGUGGAGGUGGCGGUGGGGGUGGCGGUGGCCGUGGAGGGGGUCGUGGUCGUUCUGGUGGUUCUGACUUGAAGUGUUAUGAGUGUGGUGAGGCUGGUCAUUUCGCUCGUGAGUGCCGCUUGCGUGUUGGAGGUGGAGGUGGAGGUGGAGGUGGAGGUGCAGGAAGACGUCGUAGCCGCAGCCCUAGAUAUCGCAGGAGCCCAAGCUAUGGUCGAAGGAGCAGGAGCCACAGCCCUCAAGGACGAUCCCCCAAGCGCCGCAGUCUAUCACCUCGUGGGCGCAGCUAUAGCAGGUCACCACAGUACCGUGGACGUGAAGAGCUCCCAUAUGCCAAUGGAAAUGGCACCAGGGAUCGUCGCCGAAGCAGGAGUUAAGAGUUGCAGCCUAGGCGACUUGGCUUUGCUUGGAAAAUACUGCAAUUAGAGUGUGUUUAUUAUGUUUGGACUUCAGUACCACUAUGUUUUAAACGGGCAGCGCCCUCAGCCUCGGGGAUUUGGUUAAGUUUCUUCAUACUUAUUACUAUGUUUGUUAUUUUUCUUUAAGCUAUGCAGGAUAGUUGUAGGCUUUUCUAGCAGAAGGCUCUGUAGGUUGUUAUUACGAAUUUAUUGAGACAGGUUGCUUCUGAGAGUGGUGCUAAAACUUUAUGCUUUUCUUUUUUGUGUUGAGGUCUCUUCUGGGUCUGCUUCAUUGGUUUUGUGCUUCUCUACACUUGAGGUUUCAUUGUUGGCCGCCCUGCAUUGGGGUCUUCUAUUUUGAAUAUUUGGGGAUCCCUGCUAAACUGCAUGCCUACAUUCUUCUGUUUGAUUGCACCUCGGCUGUGAUGCGCCUCCCACAAACUCUAGUGGCAUUUGUUUUAGUUAAACUUAGAUGGAUAGAGAGCUGCUUCAAAUCUUCAAUAAUGAAUGUUUGGGCUCCCGCUAAACUGAAUGCCUACGUGCUUCUGUUUGAUUGCACUCCAGCUGUGAUGCUCCUUCCUCAAACUAAUGGCAUCUCAUUUAGUUAGCUUAGAAGGAUAGAGCUGCUUCAAACACUUCUGGCAGGUACCUAUAUCUGUUCCACAGAAGUUGGGGUUUUCUUAGGAAUCUCUUGUGUGGUUGCCCCAUUCUUAAAAAUUAAAAAUUCAAAAUUGGUUGAGUUUUGGGUACCCACGGUCACACAAGGUACUUUCUCUUACCUUUCAGUUGAUGUGUAAAUGGUUUUUCUUCUUGUUCACUACUCUAUUGCACCAAUGAACUAACCUGAAGAAAAAUGAAUUGGUUGAUCUAAUUGUUUCUGGUGCAGGAAAAAUUUCUUAAAAUAACUUUUGUCAUCCUUCUGUUUUUAUUCUUUCAUGUCAUCAGCUUUCAAAUGGAACAGGAAUGAAAUGUUUUUUUCUUCCUUGAUUGGGUUGGCUGUUGCUGAAGUAUCAAAAUUUCUGACAUUAUAAAAAGCUUCUGUUUUCCCUCGUUUGCAUUGGUCCAUCGUCUCUCUUCUCGAUAUUUCUACCCCUUCUCCUAUAGUAUGAGUUUUGGUCUGUUAAUCUCCUGCCUAUCUGGUCUUUUACAAAGCGGAUGUCUUUUUGAGCUGCUGGAAGAGCACUGUUAAGAUACCAGGUUAUACAAGCUCAUAGCAGUGAACUUUGCCUUGUGAGUACUGACCACUUCUCCCAACAAGCUCAGAGAGUUAACUCGACUAUUGUGUAAGUUGCCUGUCUCUGUUUGGAUGAUAAAGCUGCAACAUAUCUUUUUGAACCAUCUCAGCUGGAGGAUUUCUAACAAUAUUGAUGGCCUCGAGAAUGAUCCAUUUCUUCAUCUGCUGCUGUUGCAUAGGAAGAUCUUAAAUCCUCAUCGAGGCCUGGAUUUAUUUUCUUUUCAGUAGUAGUCCAUGUUUCCACGCCUGACACUUGGCCUGGAAACCUAAUCCUUAAUUCGCAUGACACUUGUCCUAAAAGUGCAAUGAUGAGCAGUGUCAUUCCUUAACGGAGUUUCCUGGGACAGUUGCUUCGUUCAAUUUCUUAUCUGUUUAAAUUUAUCUUGUGAAGAUUGAUGAUUACUUUAUUCGAUUUUUUUUUUCA